AUGUUCUCCGCCGCCGCUGCCGCCGCCGAAGACUACCGCCGGAGAGCCUCGACCACCGCCAUAGCGCCCUCGCUGCAGAUUCCCUCGUCGAUUACCACGCCGCAAACGAGCAUGCCCCAGCUCGCUGCCGAGAUCACCUGCCUCUUCUGGUUUGAGAACUCGUCAACGCUGCAUCAGGCCCUCGACUCGCGCUCUCCCCCGCUGCCGGUUUCCAGCCUGGUUCCCGACGCCCAGCCGACCACGGGUUUCCGCAAGUGGGUCGCGACAAUCCUCUCAACCACCCAGGUCACGCAAAAUGUGGUCCUGCUUGCGUUGCUGUUCAUCUACCGCCUGAAGACGAUCAACCCCGCCGUCAAGGGCAAGCCCGGCAGCGAGUACCGCCUGCUUACCGUCGCUCUUAUGCUGGGCAACAAGUUCCUUGAUGACAACACGUACACUAACAAGACCUGGGCGGAUGUGUCGGGCAUUUCGGUGCAGGAAGUGCACAUCAUGGAAGUCGAAUUCCUGAGCAACAUGAAGUACAAUUUGUACACUUCCGGUGAAGAAUGGAGCGAAUGGCACAAGACUCUCGGAAAGUUCGGUACCCACUUCGACAAGGCUUCGCGAGCACACCUUGAAGUUCCUCCGCGCGCAAUUGGUCCGCCAACUCCGUCUUUGCAUGUUCCGCCCAACCUUCCUUCGCCGCCGAACUCGACGCAAGCUUCUCCACCUUUCCUGAACAACUAUUCACCCAACCACUCGUACUCCACCACCCCCACCUUGCUUCCGCAAAUUGGCUCGACCGUCGUCUCGCCCAUUGGUCCUUUGCCGGAGCUGAACAUGCGCCCGGGUUCGAGGAAACGCAGCUACGAUGACCAGACCCAGGAGCCCGCGUCGAAGCGUCCUCUGAAGAGCUUCUCUCAGACGACCGAUUCCAGGGAAGGCUAUCAAUCGUAUCCUGGCCUGCCUCAGCAGGUCUCCACGCAACCCCCUCCGCCGGCGACCAGUGUGCCGAUGCUACCACCGCUGCCGAAUCUGUCUGUUCCCCAGCUGCCUCCUCCGGUGGGACGCCCGGUGUCUUUAAUCUACCCUCCUCCGAUGCAGUGGUCUCAGCCGUCCUCGGCUCCGUCUGCGCCUGCUCCCACGAUGACACUGCCCCAGCCGCAGCCCAACGGUACGAGCGUGCCCUCUCGCCAACUGAGUCCCUACAACAUCGAUUCGGCCAGGAAUUCUCCUGUGAACGGUCCUUACGGUACUUCCUCCGCACCGAAGCAAAACAGGCUCUCUCCUUCCUUCUACCUCUCGCAGCGUAGCUCGCCCUACAGGCCUGUCCGCGGUGUGAACACGCUUCUCGUGCCUCCCCCUUCCGCGUCAAUGAGUCAUCCUCCGCGCCUCGACUUCGACCAGAUGCAGUACCAGCCGCUUGGCAGGCCUCUCAACGAACGCCGCGCCGGCCCGCUGCCUUACAUGAACCAUGACGCGUGGCCCACCACGAACCAGUUCAACCAGUGGCCGGUCCUCCCUCAACCCAACUUCACUCGAUAG